UGUACCAUUGAACUGCGCGGCUCGUCCGCGAGUGCGAGACAGGAGCUUUUUAUUCUGCUGCUACCUGUGUGUGUGUGUACUAUUACGAGCUGUAAUCUUGCGCGUGUGUGCGUGCCUGCGAAUGAUUCCGCGAAUAUCCUCCCGACGAAGACCGCGAACAGCAGAGUGAGUGCUUGUAGAUUGAUCCGAGAGAGAAACGCUGUAUGAUCAAAACUGAGCUUUUACUGAACUCGAGGUCCAAGUAGCGCAUAAUAAAAUCAUCCGCCGCUGCCGCCGCUGCGGUGAGCGCUGCUCGGUCCAGUGUACAUACAAAUAUACAUAUCUAUCUAUACGGAGAUACAGGAUGAGUAUAUUACGUGCCGGGGGGGCGAGGACAACCCUCCCCCGUGACCAUUUGUUUAUCGCGUUGUUCAUCAUUAACGCGAGUCUAGAAUUCGAGAAGAUCAGGGAUGCUGCGUAUCACCGACAAAGCUUGCGAUAGUCUCGUCGUUGUAUCGUGUGCAAGAGCUAUAUGCAGUGAGAGAAAGAGAGAGGGUGCGAAUGAGGAUAUAGGCGUUGUUGCUCAAUGGGUACAUCAGGGUCGUCGUCGUCGUCGCCGUUGUCGCUCCUCGCGCCGAAAAGCUCCCCACAGGAUUCCAGGAUAGUCAUUCAUCUCGUAUAAUUCGCUACGUAGGAUAUUGAACUGCGCCAAGGCAUUGCAUAGUGAUUGAGGGUGCGCGCGAAGACCAAAAAAAGAAGCGAAUCAAAGCUCGCGAGUGCAUGGGCUACAGCAGCUGCUGCUGCUGCUGCUGCGAGGGGAGGAGGAGGAGGAGGCUAGGAUCACCGCUCGGCGAUACGUGUAGUACAGCACGGCUGAUUGUGUAUAUUAUAUCAUAAGGAAAGCAAACUGGUAUCCGUUGCAACCCUCGAAGCUCACUGAGAGACAGCAACAAGUAUAUAUCAUACGACGACGCUCGGGGCUGUUUAAUAAUAAGUGCGAACGCAUAUAAUAUAUAUCGCGUCGAGUCGUACGUACACUCGGCGACGCGACAAUUGCCCCUGAGCGAACAAUACACACUCGCCACUCGCGCUAACACAAGGGUGUCGAAUGCAUACAUCGCUGAAGGUGUGAGUCGAGGUGCGGUACGAUACGCCAGGACAUUUGCGGUAAGAACUACGAGAGCCGGAGUCGAAAGUCGUGCGUGCGCGUAUAUGGCAAGUCACCAUAGCCGGAGAGCUGCCGCGGCGAGCCAAGUAGACGACGACGACGACGACGAUGUGAGAGACUCGUGAUCAUGGACGUCCUUGCGCUGGCCUGUGCUCUCGUGGCGAUCGCCCUCUACUACAAUACGCUCGAAGCCGGCUUCGUUUACGAUGACAGGCGUGCCAUCCUCACGAACAACGACCUCAAGCCCACGACGCCGUGGUCGCGCCUCCUCGAGAACGACUUCUGGGGCACGCCGCUGCGCGAGGCCGGCUCGCACGGCAGCUACCGGCCUCUCUGCGUGGCGACCUACCGGCUCAAUUACGCCUGGGCCGGUCACGAGCCCUACGGCUAUCAUCUGGUCAACGUGCUGCUGCACGCCGCCUGCACGGCCCUGGUGGUGCGCAUAGCUCGCAAAGUGCUGCCGGGCCAGCGGCUGGCCCAGCUGGUGAGCGGACUGCUGUUCGCCGUGCAUCCGAUACACACCGAGGCGGUGGCCGGGAUAGUCGGCAGGGCCGAUCUGUUGGCCUGUCUGCUGACUCAGGGCGCCUUUCUCACCUACGUGGCGCACUGCGAGCGUCGCAGGCCACUGGCCAAUCUGGCGCUGACGCUGCUGUUGGCGGUGCUGGCGACCCUGGCCAAGGAGACGGGCAUAUCGUCGCUGGCGCUGUGUCUGCUCUGGGACUUUUGCCACAGCGAGCGACUUCUGCGCAAGAUUCGCAAACGCUGGCCAUCCUCGACGAUCGUCGCGGGCAGCCUGGCGAUCAUCACCCUGGGCCGUCUUCGGGCCGGCGGGGGCCGCACACCGGAGUUCGCCACCGCCGACAAUCCCGUGGCUCGGCAUCCGUCGCGUCUGGCCCGAGGCCUCACCUUCCUAUACCUGCCCGCGGCGAGCCUCGGCAUGCUGCUCUGCCCCUGCACUCUCAGCUUCGACUGGUCCAUGAACGCCGUGCCCGUCGUCGCGAGUCUGGCGGAUCUGCGAAAUUUGGAGUCUCUGCUGCUCUACGGGACUCUCGGAGCCGCUACGAUCUGGGCCUGUCGCAGUCUCAGGCGGCACAGCCUGUACAGAUCGCGAGAGCUGAGACUGCAGCAGCAGCAGCAGCAGCAACAUCAGCACCGGACGAUGGGUCAUCGUCAACGUAUCAACAGGUCCUACCUCGUGGAUCAAAUCUCGUCUUCCUACACUAGUCAGCAGCAGCAGCAGCAGACGCACUCGAUGCCUACUGGCCCAACAACUGCAAAUAUAGCAUUAGCAACGUCUACUGCUGCGUCGUCGUCUUACUGCACGAGCACGACGACAGUAUCGUUGCCCACAACAAAUCAUUUUCACCCCAUGCAGCAGCAGCAGCAGCAACAAAAUUACUCGUUUUCCGCGUGUCCGAGCUCGACUAAUAAUUGUCUCGGCACCGUGUCUUCCACGACGUUAUCGUCCGGCACGUCGUCGCCUCUUACCACGUCGUCGUCGUCUCGAUGUCCCGUCUGCGCCGGUCGACGCAUCGGCUCGUGCCACACCGACGGCUGUCGAGCCAUAAACAACAACAACAACGGCCCGGUGGCCGAGUGCCAUUGCCCGAAGAAAAAACAGUUGCAGCAUCAGCAGCUGCAGAUGUCCAAAGUUCCUCAGAUGCAACAUUAUCAUCAUCAUUUACAGCCUCAGCAGCAAUCACAGCCGCAUCAAACGACAGCGUCGAAGCGUCACAACAACAAUAACAAUUACAGCAAUUACAAUAACAACAACAACAACAACAACAACAACAACAACAACAACAACAACAACAACAAUUAUAAUAACAACAACAACAUGAAAUACAACUACAACCACAAAGGACUACUGAAUCCUCGAUCGAUUCUCGUACCUUCGUCUCUCCUCACGAUUAUCGGCUUCCUCGUCUUUCCCUUCCUGCCCGCGAGCAAUCUCUUCUUCUACGUCGGCUUCGUCAUCGCCGAGCGCAUACUCUACCUGCCGAGCGUCGGGGCUUGUCUGGCGAUCGGCGCCGCGAUCGGUGCGACGUACAAUCAGGCACGACGUCGAGGCCUCGUGAGGCUGGCUCGACUCGUCCUCGCAAUGACGGCGCUGCUUCUCGGCUGCAUGUUCGCCAAGACUCUGGCGCGCAACGUCGACUGGCAGAACGAGGAGAGUCUGUACAGGUCGGCGCUGAGGAUCAAUCCUCCGAAAGCCUACGGCAAUUUGGGAAGCGUGCUUAGCGCCGAGGGAAGAAUUGACGAGGCCGAGGAAGCCUUUACGGAGGCGCUGCGACAUCGGCCCAACAUGGCCGACGUUCAUUACAAUUUAGGCAUCAUACAGCAAAGUCGACAAAAUUAUCACGAAGCUAUCUUGAGUUUCCAGCGAGCGAUUCAUUUUCGGCCGACUCUAGCUCAGGCUUACGUGAAUCUGGGCUCGACUCUGACGACUUUGGGGCGAGAAAACGAGGCGGUGGUCGUUCUGCGGGCUGCCGCGUCGAUCGACGGCUCGGCUCUCAAGGACCGCAAAGCCCACGAGGUCGCGCGACUUCAGGCACUGUUGCAGCUCGGCUCGAUCUACGCUGAGCAAGGACGAUUGCACAGUGCUCUCUCGACUUACAGAGAGGCCCUUAAGGCGAUGCCCGAGCAUUACCCUAGACAGAGUGUGUACAAUUUGUUGGGCGAGACAUUGUCCCGUCUGCAGCAGUACAGCGAGGCUGAAAAGUGGUUUCGGGCGAGUCUUGCCAGUCAACCGAAUCACGUGCCAGCUCAUAUAACUUACGGGAAAUUACUUGCUCGAAAUUCAAGUCGCAUAACGGAAGCAGAGCGUUGGUUUCUACGCGCGAGACGAUUAGCUCCUCAAGACUCGAGCGUGCAUCAUCAUUAUGGUUUAUUCUUGAGCAUGCAAGGCCGCCUGAGCGAGGCCGCCGAGGCGCAUCUCGAGGCGGCCACCCUGUCGCGCCAGGACUACGACCUGGCGAUGGCGGCGGCGUCGAGCCUGAGGAGGGCGGCCCGCUGCGAGGAGGCCGAGCUCUGGUAUCGUCACGCCCUGAGUCUGAGGCCCCUGGAGGCUCGCAGCCACGCGAAUCUGGGCGCCAUUCUGCAUCUCAACGGCAAGUACAGACAGGCCGCGGCGGCCUAUCGCGAGGCACUGCGGCUGCAGCCAGGCGAUCCGACCACCAUCACGAAUUUGCACAAGCUCGCUUCGCUGCUCGUCUAAUAGGGAUGAAUCGCGUCUACAUAUUAUAAAUAUAUUAUAUUUACCCUCGGUCGAGAGGUGUGGAUACGCGACUAGUUUUAUUUUUAUACAUUUAUAUGAUUAAUACGUUUAACAGUACAUGACGCUCAAGAGACUAUAAAUUAUACCGAUGCUAAAAUCAAUAUUCCACAGUGGGAUUAUAGUUCGUUCGUUUCAUUAAAUCGAAGCCUCGACGCGAGUUACGCUAUCCUAUUUACAUAGUUUGAUCGUACUUCAUCAAAUUAUUAAUGCGCUCGCAACACAUUAAAAGGUCCAUCGACGAGGAAAUUACGAGCGCAUACGAGGGAACGCCUCAAAUUGUAUAUUAUAUACUACAUUGUUAUACUAAGCUGAAUGUAAAAGCACUAACUAUUCGAUAGGAAUUUUUGUUGGCGCGUCGCUGAGAGACGUUUAUCCCACAUAGCCCAGUUAUGCAUUUACGUAUACAUUAUACUUAUAAGCAUAAGCGUACAAUCAGAAUUGAUAAAAUUAAAAUACAUCUAUAAAUAUAAUAAAAUAAAUUUAAUAAAUGAGAGAAUGAUGUUACCUGAUUUAUAUGAUCGAUUUGCGCUUAUUACAUUUUUGAUGAGGCUGUACAUUUCACAGAGAAAGACAUGUAAUAGCGAGCUAAUCUGCAAACGAAAUUUGUAAAUAAUGAAAUUAAUUCGUUCGCUAGAAUCAAGUUUCAUCGACUUAAUGCGCACGAUUGAGCGUUAUAAUGGUAUAAUGAAAACUAACAUAGUAAUACGCAGGACUUGGAUUGGUGACUAAUUUUGCCCAAAAGGAUCUCAUUUACUUUCCAUUACAUGCAUUAGUCACCGAGUUAUGGUGCAAUCAAAAGUUCUUAUCACUCAUGUAUCAUAAAAAAUUACCGCGUGAUUUUAUAAUCCAAAAGCUAUAAUAAGUAUUCAUCUCGUUUGAUGAUGUCGAUUUUUGAAAAUUUCCUAUAAUUGUCUUCAUCUAUUGUAUUAUUCGUGCCAAAUAUUUUUCUAUUGUCACGGUAUUAGUGGGUACCGUAACACUAUUCUCGUAUAUAUAUCAUAUAAUCGUAAAACGCUAAAUUUUGUAACAUCGAACUCUUUAACAUAUAAUUAAAAACGAAUAAUUAUAAAUAUUUCGAAAAAAUUAUCAUGCUUGAAAUUCAAUGUGUAAUCUUCCUCGAUUCAACGCUUUUCGUUAAGUUUGGAAAUUUAAUUACUUAGAUGUAAGCUGUUUCGUUGGAAAAUGUAACCAGCACUCGGAGUUAAGGCAAAACUAGCGCGUUCCGAUUAAAUAUUUUACAAUGAGAAAUCUGUCUAUAAAUGUCACAAUUUUCAAAGUAUAUAGAAUCAUUUUUUGAUCGAAUGCUCUAACUUUGCUUCAACUUUUGAUGGCUCUAGAGUAUUGAAUGUAAAUAAAAGAAUUUUAAAUCAAAAUCAUUAAUUGAAAGCGGCUAUCGUUACGUUAGAAAAUCUGUGAUGUGUUUGAUAUUAUAAUAAAGAUAAACUAUUGAUACGUA